UUAAAUUUAAAAAUUGUAGUUAAAAUAAAAUAGUUUUUAAUUAUUAAAAGAAAAUAAUGAUAAUUCUAAAAGAUAUUAAACAACAAUCGUGGGAGUUCUCUUAGUUGCCGUUAAUAACUGAAAUAUAAAAAAAUACAUGCCGGUAUUAAACAACAAUUUUUAUGAAUGGAAAGGUUUAUUUCGUUUAACUUUUAAUAUCCGUGAAAAUAUUAAAAUAUAUGUACAUAUAAUAUUUGUGAAUAUGUAUAAAAAAGGACAUUAUUAAAUAAAUUGUGAAAAAGUAUUUAAAAUACGAAUAAAAAUUAAUUCAGAAAAAAAAUCGGAAGAAAAAUACAUUAUUUUUUUAAAAUGCAUUAUAUUAAAUAAUAUUUAUUGAAAAUAAAUAAUUAAAAAAUCAUUUAAUAAGAGGAGAGUCGAAAUCGGUAACUCUAGUCACCGGGUACAGAGAGAAGCUUAUUGUGUCGAAAAAAAACUAAGAACAGUAAAAAUUAUUGCAAACAAAAAAAAACAACUUAAUAAAUGAAUAUUUAAACGAGAGUGAAAAAAAUAAGUGAAACUAAACAAAGGUGAGAAAUUUAAAAGAAAGGCAAUAAUGGAGGAAUCGAUAUUUUUAAUCAAAAAAUUUAAAACUACUAUUAACAUACUGUUAUUUUUAAUAAUAUUAAUACAAACUCAAAUUAAUCAUAUUACGGCCAUUAAAUUUAUCAAUAAUCAAUAUCAUGAUAUUAUUAUUGAUAUUAGAAAUACGGUACCGUCACAUAAAUGUACUGAUGUUUUAAAAAAAAUUGAGGAAUCAAUCAUUUCCGCAUCAAAUCAUUUAUAUAAUGUAUUAAAUAAACGUGCAUCAUUUGGUAGUAUUAUUAUAAACAUACCAGAUUCAUGGCCAGAUGAAUGUAUUACAUCAAUGAAUAGUACAAUUGAUAUAUCAAACGGCCAAAGAAGUGAUGUACAGAUAACAAAUAUAAAUCAAUUAUUUGGUGAUCGUAUGUGGACAUUACAAUCUGGUGGAUGUGGUGAACAAGGUGAACAAAUUUAUAUAACGUAUAAUGAAUUAGAACAGAAACAAUCAAAUUAUAUUGGUAAAGAAUUUGUAAAACAGUGGGCAAAAUAUCGCUAUGGUAUAUUCGAUGAAAUUGGUUUCGAGGAUGAUAAAAUAUAUCCAAAAUGCUAUUUCACAAAUAAUAAACAAUAUAUAAAUGGUUGUUUAAAUGAAGAAAUUGAAGAUAUUUCGGGAUACUGUCAAAAUUCUAAUACUAAUAAAGAUAUAAUAAAAUUAAUUAAUAAAAAAUCAACAAUUAGAUCAAAUAUAAUGUUUACAAUGGACUCUGAUAAUAUUAUUGAAUUUUGUAAUAAAACCACACAUAAUCGUUAUAUCCCAACAAAACAUAAUUUAUUAUGUAAUCGUCAAAGUGCAUUUGAUGUUAUUUUAAAACAUAAUGAUUUUAAUCAUAAUAAUAAUUAUAAUAUAAAUGAUAAUUUAAUAACAAAUUUUUUUUAUAGAAAACGUAAAUUAACACGUUUUAUAAUAAUUAUUGAUGAAUCACAAGAUAUAUUGAUACGUGAAUCAUGGAAUUUUUUACGUAAUGCAAUUCGUAAAUGGGUUGUUUAUGAUUUAAAAUCAAAUACUGAAAUGGGUAUUAUAUUAUUUAACGGUUUAAAUAAUAAUAAAAUAUUAAAUAUAACAAAAUUAAAUGAACAAAAUAAGCGUGAUUUAGUUGCAUCAUUUAUACCAUACACACCGUCUGAUUCAAGACAAUUUGGUUCACUAUUAUUAGCAUUUAAUAUGUCAUUAAAUAUGUUAACAGAACAACGCAAAUUAUAUGGUAAUGCUAGUGAUAAUAUAUUAAUAAUAUCACCAGGUAUGGAAGCAAAUAUUAAUCACAAUUAUAUUAUUAGUAAAACAAAUCAAAUGAAUAUUAACAUAAUAACAAUUAAUUAUCCCUAUAUAACAAAUGAUCGUAUACCAUUAGAUAUAUUAUCAAAAUUAAAUAAUAACGGUUAUUAUCAUACAAUAUUAGAAAAUAAAUAUAAUAGUGAAAAAACAUAUUUAAAUACAUAUUUUGAAUUAGUUAAUAUAUUAUAUUUUAUUGGUAAUAAAUAUUAUGAAGGUGAUAUUAAUAAUUUGGCAAUUGAAAUACAUCGUAACGAAUUAUUGGAUAAAAUUGAUAGUAAUAAUAAUAAUAAUAAAAAUAAUAACAAUAAUAAUAAUAAACGUUCAAGUAAUAUUAUUAAUGGUAAUUUUUAUUUAACAAAUAAUUUAAGAACAUUACAAUCAUCGUUAUCCGAUGGUUUUUUUAUAUAUACACACAGUAUAGAACAACCAUUAAUACAAAAUAUUAAAUUAGUAAGUCCAACAAACAUAAUAUAUAAUAUAAGAAGUGAUUUAAGAAUGACAGUUAAACAAUUAACAAUAUUAACAAAUUUAAAUGAAACUGGUAUAUGGUCAUAUCAAAUAGAACGUUUUAAUGGUAAUCCACAACCACAUUAUGUACAAGUAUUAGUAACACCAAAUAAAUUAUUAUUAUAUAACAAUAAUUAUAAUAAUUAUAAUAUAAUACGUGCACGUUCAUGGAUUAAAAUACCAAAAUAUAUAAAUAAGCCAUAUAUUAUAUAUUGUGAAUUAAAAUUAGACAAUGAUUAUCCAAUUCAUUCCAAUUAUGUUGAAGUAAUUGUAAAACAGAUUGAUUAUAUGUGUAACACUAAUGUAACGACAGCAACAGCAACAACUUCAACAACAAAUAAUUGUUAUACAACUAAAAAGAUAUUAUUAUAUGAUAAUGGCAGUGGUAUGCCAGAUAUAACAAAAGGUGAUGGUAUAUAUACAAGAUAUUUAAAUUUAUAUGAAAAUGGUAUUUAUAAAUUUGAUUUUGUUAUUAACAAUAACAAUAAUUUAAAAACAUCAUAUUAUACAUCAUUAUAUAAUAAUUAUAACAAUAAAAAUAAUGAUAAGAAUAAUAAAGUAAUAUUAAUUGGUGAUUUAAGUUAUGUAUAUUUAAAUGAUAAUAACGUUAAAUUAAUGUGGACAUCACCUGAUUUAAGUGGUUAUAAAGGAAUUAAAUACGAUAUUAAAUAUUCAUACAAUAUUAAUGAUAUUAUUGAUAAUUAUGAUCAAUUAACUAUGAUAUGGAAUUAUGAAAAUAAUAUAAUACCAAUAAUAAAACCGAUUGGUCAUGAUAUGGAUUAUAUAUUAGAUAUCAAAAAUAAUGAUAAUGUUACAAAAGAAUUAUAUGGUAAAGAAAUAUAUAUUGCAAUACGUCCAUAUAUUAAAUUAAAUUAUGAAUUAAUACCAUGUUCAAUAUCAAAUCCAAUACGUAUAUUAAUACCAAAUCUUAAAAAUAAUACUAACGACAUUAAAAUAAAAUACUCUAUACCAAUAAUAUGUGGUACAGUUUUUGUUAUGUUAGUUAUUAUAAUCUAUUGUAUAUUUUGUGGUUACUGCAAAAAAAAAUCAAAAACUAAUAAAAAUAAUAAUCAUAGAAAUAUUUCAAAGAACAAAUAUAAUAAAAAAAAUAAAUUUAAUAAACAUAAUUUUUCCCAAAAAAAUGAACAACAUCUGCAACAGCAUCAACAACAUCAUCAACAGCAUUCAUCAAAUAUUAUUGUACCAGAUGAUAUUAUUAAUAUAACAAUAAUAUCAACAAAUACAACAACUACAAUACCAAGAACUUCAACACCCACGUCAAUAGCAUCACAGUCGGAACAAAAUAAUUUUUUAGCAACAAUUAAUAAUUUAUAUAAUAAUAACAAUAAUAAUAAUGAUAAUAUUGAAACAAUAUUUUCAUCAUCAUUGCCAACAUCAAAAAUUAAUACAAUUCCAUCACAAAAAUUUCACAAACAAAAAAAAGAACAACAUGAUCAAAAACAUAUUGAUGUAAUAUCAAAUAAUUGUAUUGAUACAAUAAUCAAUACAGAAAAUGAUAAUAAUUAUGAUGACGAAAGCAUAAUUAUUAAUGAUGAUAACAAUACUGAUAAUAAAAUUACAAAAUCCUAUAAUCAAUCAUUAUUAUAUAAUAAUAUACAUAAGAAUGAUAAUGUGCAACAACAAAAACAGCAUCCAGAUCAUCAUACAAUUGGUAUACCAAUAUAUGAUUGUAAUAAUGAUAAUAAUAAUUUAAUAAUAAAUAAAACUAAUAGUAAUAUAAAAAAAAAACAAAAAUAUCAUCAUAUAUAUUAUAAUCAACAACCGCAUCUACAACAAUUUCAACAAAAUUUAUUGAACGAACAAUAUUAUAUUAUUGAUGAUAAUACUAUUAAUAAACAUGAAUUAUUACAUAAUAAACAACAAACUCGCAGUUUUAUACCAACAAUAUAUCAACAGAGUGCAUCAAAUUUGAAUGAUUAUAACCGUAGUAAUAAUAAUAGCAAUAAUAACGGUCUUAGUAUAAUAUCAUCAUCAUUAUUAACACCAAAUAGUAAUAACAAUAAUAUUAAUAAUAAUAAUAAUAAUAAUAAUAAUAUAAGAAAAUAUUCAUCUAAUUCAUCAUAUAUUGAUUAUCAAAUCAUAACAACUUCAAUACAGUUACCAAAAACAGCAACAACAACAACAACAACUAAUAGUAAUAAUAACAAUUGGAAUACACCAUCAACAUCGCCGUCAUCAUCAUUAUUGUUAUUAAAUCAUCCUAAUCAUAAUCAUCAAUCAUCAUCAUUAAUAAAUAUUAUUAAUAAUAGUGAUAAUGAUAAUAACAUUACAUUAAAAGACAAUAAAGCAUUAACAAUACCACCACCUGUGCCACCAUUACCACUGCCAUAUGAUAUAACAACCAAAACGAUAGAUAAUAUAGAAAAAAUAGGAAAAUUAAAAUCUAGCAAUAUUUGUAAUAUAGAUUAUUUAAUAAGUAAUAAUAAUAAUAAUAAUAGUAACAGCAAUUGUAAUACUUUAAAUAAAAAUUAUGAUACACAAUAUUAUUUACAACAACAGCAACAACAACUAAAACACCAAACGCAACACCAACAACAACAUGAUAAACGUCGAAGAAAUGUUACCAUGGUAUAGGAAAUAUUUAGAAAAAUAGAAGCAAAAAUUACAUUUGGGAUAUUUUUUUUUUAUUUUUUUCGAUUGUUCUUAAUUUUAUUAUAGGUAAAUAAAGUUUAGGAGAAAUUGUUAUAAAAUGCUUAAACAUAUCAAAGUAGUAAAUACGUUAUGUAAUUUCAGAAUAUAAUGUAUAAUUUAUUGAAUAAAAGAAAAUGUUUUAAAAUCUUUAUAUAACUAA